AGAUCUUGGGCAGUCUCUCUUGACAUGAGGGAUAUCAGGUCUGGUGCAUGCAGGGAUAACAGGAAAAUGGAGGAUCCCCAUUCUUGGGAAUGCAGGGAAUGCAUGUUCUCUUCAUUGCUCUUUGCUCUCCAAAGUCUUACCUGUUAAUGAGUGAGCCUUGAGCAGCAAGGGCUUGACCAGGUCACUGACGCAGCCACCUCUGCCCCGUGACAAAAACAUGAGCAUCUCUUUCCAGCCAAGCAGGCAGCCCCUGUCCCUGGCAUCCCUGUCCAGUGGCAGGAUUCAGUACUCUCCUAGGAGAAUAGGGGAUAUUAUAGACCCCUGUUAGAGACCAGGGUGGGCCAGGAGGGCAGCAGAUGCUAUGCUGGGGUGAAACAAGCAUGAGCAGGGCAUACUGAAGCUGGAGGAUGCUGCUGGUGGGAGUAAUCUAAGCCCAUGGAGGGAGAGGCUGUGGCCUACCCAGUGCCCACAGAGGCAGUGACUGGGACCUAGGCUGUGGGUAGUUGGCAUUGUAAUAAUGUCAGAUGGCCUGCUUGUGGCUGCUUGUCACCUGGCCCUUGUGGUGACACACCAGGGUGACACUUACAUUCCUGGCCACAAGGGCAGAUUACUAACCAACUCAAGUUAAUGGCUAAUCCUGGGGCAGCUCCUGCAAAAGGUGGAAGUUCAGCCAUGUGAGGAUUUGGGAGGAACUCUUAAGGGUGGGAACCUGCCCACCCUCUGCACCGAAAACUGGGAGCAGUGUGGGGAAGGCAGCAGCAUGAAUGGGGGCCAUGGCAGAGCACCUGGAGCUGGGAGCCCCCUGCUCACAUCCUGCUCCUCCCAGAAGAUGUGCUCCUGGAUGAUGAGCUUCUGCUUAGCCCUUCAGCACCUGGCUGUGCAGACCUCCUUGCUCUGCAUCUUCCACCUCCUCCUGCUGCCCACCCUGCCUCAGGAGCCGCCUCAUGCCCAGACCACCAGCAAGCUGCUGGCACGAAGCCUCUUUGCCUGUGGCAUCUCCACAGUGCUGCAGACCACCCUGGGGAGCCGGCUGCCGCUGGUUCAAAUCCCGUCCUUUGAGUACUUAGUCCCUGCCAUGGUGCUGAGCUCCCACCUGUCCCCUGGUGCCAGCACAGACAGGAAUGGCACAGCCAUGGCCAAUACAUGCCUUGUACCUCAUUGCAGAGACACAGGGAGCUGGGCUGACUCACUGCAAGAGGUCUCUGGAGCAGUGCUGAUCUCUGGGCUGAUUCAGUUGGUGCUGGGAGUGUCUGGCGUGUGUGGGUGGGCAGUGCGGCACUGCGGGCCCAUGGUCCUGGCCCCCAGCCUCUCCAUCAUCGGGCUGUCCACAUACAAGGAAGCUGCUUUCUUCUGCUCCACUAACUGGGGAGUAGCACUGCUGCUCAUGCUCCUUGCUGUCACCUUCUCCCAACACCUGCAGUCCUGCCGCCUGCCCUCCUGUGCCUGGCCCCACGCUUGGGAGGGCUCCACAGAGUACUCAGUUCCCACCCUGCGCACCUUCUCGGUACUGCUCCCAUUUGCUGGUGUCUGCAUUGUCUGUGCCAUCCUCAGCUACUUCCACAUUCCCUGGGAAUCCCUGGAUGUGACUGUGGCACAGCUGUCCUGGGCCAACAGCACCUCCAAUGCCCCUUGGAUCCACAUCCCCUAUGCAGGAGCGUGGAGGUGGCCGCUGCUCACCCCCCGGGCGCUGGCAGUGGGCAUCGCCAUGGCCAUUGGCUGUAGCAUGAGCUCUGUGGGCUGCUAUGUGCUGUGUGGGAGGCUGCUGCGAGUCCCCCGGCUACCCCCUGACGCCUGUAACCGGGGGCUUUGCAUGGAAGGGCUGGGCAGCCUCCUGGCAGGGCUGCUGGGCACCGCAGGGGGCACGGCCUCCAGCAUUGCCAACACCUGUGCCACUGGCUUCACGCAGGCUGGCUCUCGUCGCUCAGUGCAAGUAAGCGCCCUGCUGUGCAUGGUGCUGGGCAUGUCCCCGAGGCUGGCAGGGCUCCUCACCCAUAUCCCACUGGCAGUUCACGGAGGGGUGCUUUGUGUAACCUACGCCGUGGCUGUGGGCACGGGGAUCUCCUACUUCCAGUACACAGACAUUGACUCCGGGAGGAACAUCUUCAUUGUUGGCUUUGCCAUGUUCAUGGCACUGCUGGUACCGCGGUGGUUCGGCACAGCUCUGGCUCCCCUGGCCACAGGUAUGAGGGACAUUCCCCAGGCAAGGCAAAGCCUUGAGUCCCAUGGAAUGGUGACCACACAUCUCCACUGUUCUGGGAGGCUGAGUCAGCUCAUGGUAGCAGGCAGCUACCUCUUCAUCCCUGAUUCUGCCAUGGUUGCUCAUGCCCCUUACCCUUGGCUGGGCUGGGACAUCCUGGCUGAUUCUGGCACUGUCCUUGCAGGCUGGGUGCCAUUGGAUCUCCUCUUUCUCUCCCUGCUUAUGGUCCCUGUCUUCCUAACUGGCUUCUUGUCUUUUUUUCUGGAGAACACGGUCUCAGGAACACUGGAGGAACGAGGGCUGCUUUCUGAGCAGCCAUGGAAAGCCAGAGCUGGUGAUUGUCACCUCCAUGGAGAGAGAGGGGAAGCCAGCCAAGCAUAUAGGCUCCCCACUGGGCUAAGGAGACUGCUCCCAUCUUCCUGCAAAGCCUUUCUGUGCUGCUUCCUCUGCCCGAGGAGUGAGGAAGAGGAGGAGGGCAGCUGUGCCACUGAGGAGGGGACUGCUGCCCCAGGGGAAGGAACACACCUGCUCCCCAAAACCAGCUCUGGGGAGCUGCAGCCAGAAAUAAGGCCAAGCCAGACAGACAUGCCUGCAUGGAACACUGUGGCCUGACCAUGUCAUCUGGGGCACCUCAUGUGAAAACAGAGGCAAGCCCUUGAGGCAGCUUGUGAAACACUUUGCUCAUUUCUGAAGCCCUUGAGGACUGGAGGAAACCUGAGCUUCCACCCUCCUAACACAAACCUAAUUUCCCUGCUUGAGAGCAAGAUAUAAAAACCUUCAACCAAC